GAAUAAUAGGUAAGCUUCGGAGCAUAACUUCGCAUGUCCCAGAAAUCAUUCAGCUAGAGAAACGUCUCUGAAUAUCAUGUGAGUUCAAUGGGUAUUUCCGUGUAAUACCAUGCAUGUAUGAAAGGAGGCGUCAUAGCACACAUCUACACUUCAUUUCUCAGACUUAUCCUAAUUCCUGUCACCGACAUCUUUACCUUAAAUUGGGGGUGAGUAGGGAGAGGGAAACCAUUCAUGGCGGCGUCAUCUGAAUACCCAGACAUCAAGGAUGAGUCGUCAUCAACCAGGCUCCUCCCCUCCGAUGACGACUCCUACGACUCCGAGUCCUCGGAAACAGCACAUACGCAAUUUUGGAGUACAACACGAUGGAUAUCAGUAUUGAUUCUCUCCAUAUUAGCUACCAAUGCGAUAAGCAUAAUAGUGACCCUUCAAGUCGCCCGCAACCCUCAACGAUGCCAGAGCGUAUCGGAGCCCCCAACUGGCGUGGCACCACUUCUGCGUAGUCUGCCAUCGGGAGUAAAGCCCACGAGGGUAAAUACGCCAUUCUAUAACAGAGAGAACAGCACAUAUCGAGAACAUGAAUCACCCUCUACAGAGAAGGCUUGGUUAGAGCUCACGCAGAUUCAUGCCGGUAUUCUCCUAGUACCUAAGGAAGAAGCAAAAGAGUCCGGAAUCGAUCCGGAAAUUCAUGCCUAUUUUGACAAUCCUGAGAAGGGACUUGUUGGUCACCCGGUUCUUAUUGAGGCGACUCAUCAGUUGCACUGUCUGAACUUGCUCAGACGGUAUUCCUAUUUCAACUUCAAUUACACCAGUGAGGCAGAGCAUGAGGCUCUCUCAGGAACCACGGCGUAUUACCAGAGCCUCCACGUUGAUCAUUGUGUCGAAUACCUGCGGUAUCGGCUCAUGUGCACCGCGGAUGUUGGGAUUGUCCCGUUCGUGUGGGCAGGCAAGAAGGGACGCUUAACGGCUGACAUGGAUCGGAUGCACACAUGCAGAGAUUAUGAGGAGAUCCGGCAGUUCGUGAAGCGUAAUUCGAUUCCUCGUCCCGUAGACGGAGAAGUCAAACCUAAGCCGGGAGAUCAUAUUGUGGAUGACUAUAUCUAGGCGUGCUUGGUUUAAUUUAUGGGGCAUGUACGGUAAUUCUAAAGUUACUAUAUUGAUAGAGGAGCCAACUCCAUAUCUAUGAGAAUAAGGGGCUUGUACCUAGAAUCCACGA